UACACACCGUACGUCAUCGCACAACGCUUUAAAAAGUUAGCAUAGAAACAACCGCAGCUACCAGGUUUGGACCAUUUUCAUUUAAAUCGACUGACGAUAUCGCUGUACCUGUCAACAUGGUCAACGUACACAAAGGCGUCCUUGUUGAAUGUGACCCAGCCAUGAAACAGUUCCUCCUCUAUCUGGAUGAAAAAAUGGCCCUGGGAAAGAAGUUCAUCCUCAAGGACCUUGACGACACACACCUCUUCAUCCUGGCAGAAGUGGUUCACACCCUGCAGGAGAGAGUUGGCGAGUUAAUGGACCAGAAUUCAUUCCCAAUCACGCAGAAAUAACUCUACCUUUUCAGAACCUUCUUCUUGGACUUUGGACUGUUGUAGAGUUUGUCUUUAAAUGAACAUGGUUUGCAAUGUUUUAACUGCAGACUGAAACUGAGUAAAUGUGCUUUUUUGUUGUUGCAUUAAUCUGAAAAACCUUUGCGCAUAGAAAUAAAGUAUGAUGGCUUAUUGUG